CGAUUAAAACCUCAACAUCUCGCGAACACACACACUCUCCACUAAAAACGUGAGGGGGACGAAUUUACUUUUUAUAAAAAAGUGCGGGGGACAUGUCUACGUAAUCUACGCCCCUGGUGUUAUGCAACGAAUGCACCAACUGAGGUUGGGCAACUCGAACCGUUCUCUGUACUCUGAGCCCGAGAGCAUUAGCCACCAGCGCUAACACACUGCCAGGCGACUGAUUCCUGACAAACUCGUUUAUACAAAUCAGGCCAGGAUUUAAUCUGGGUCGAUUACAGAGUCGGGGGAUAGUUUAUUUUCCUUCUCUGACCGCUUCAGACGUUGCAAAACAAUGUCUUUUUCAUCGGCAGCAAGAUUAGUCGCGUUGAACCUUCCGAGGAGCUCCUGGAUCCUUUCACGGGGGACGAAAACUUUAGCAUCGCUGAACAGACUCUCUAAUCCGAGCAAAGACCUCAUUCGCAAAAGAGACUUAACAUCCUGCAAUGUUGUUCAGCCUCUCAGGUCUGAAAACAAAGUGACCGUCAAUUUCAUCAAUCGUGACGGAGAAAAGAUUACAGUCAAGGCUUCUCCUGGUGACACACUAUUAGACGUUGUUGUUCAACAAGAUCUUGACUUUGAUGGUUAUGGGGCAUGUGAGGGAACUCUGGCUUGCUCCACGUGUCAUCUCAUCUUUGAAGAGGAAACGUAUAAACAGCUUGGACCAAUUAGUGACGAGGAAAUGGAUAUGCUGGAUCUUGCCUACGGUCUCACAGAUACGUCCCGCCUGGGUUGCCAGAUCUGCCUCACAAACGCUCUGGAUGGCAUGACGGUGCGUGUUCCCGAGAGCUCGGCAGACAUCAGACAGUCGGACGGCUCCGCCUAGUUUCUUUACCCACCUCGUGCCUGUCUAUAGCACAGACCAGUGUAAAUUGCUCAAAAGGCAAAACGUGUGUUUCGAUUGAGGUCAGAAGAGUGGGAUUGAAGUUCGGAUUCAUGGUUUUUGUCCUUUAUGGUGACAGCACUGGGAUGUAGUUUAAUGGCUCAAUUGUAGAGCUAUGUGAAAGUUGUAAUCAAUUUAUCAGCAUAUUUCUGACUAUAAGAAUGAAUCAUGAAAGUGUGCUAUAAAUUGCACCAGAAUAUAUUUUUUAGAUUAUAAAGUGAGAAAUCUUUGUCUGGUGAACUGUAAGUUCAAAACACAUAAAACAAACCAAAACAUGCCAGACUGUGGAAAUGCUGCUCAUUGUAAGUCAUAAAGGCGUCUGCUAAGUAGCAUAACGUUUCAGGUAACGUCAUGCUUAUGAAUUUGCUAUCGUCAGUUUGGGUUGUAAUGUGUUUUGCACUUAUACGCCAUCCUCGUUUAGAGUAUUGCCAUGAUAAAUAAUUAAUGCCGUUAACCCGGAAAAUCUGUUAAACCACUAACUGAUUCAGAAUCUCAGAACUAAGCUGUUUGAAUUAAAUAUUAUAUAUAAAAAAGUG